UAUCUCAUCCACACAAUGCCAAAGCCAUUACCAAAAGCCGUUUAUGCACACAAUGAUGCUUCGAACAUCAAACAAUUAUUCUAACUAAUAACAAGGAAAGAUGUCAGUGGCUUCACCUAUUCAAUGUAUCAGGAUUCUUAAUCCAUCUUCCACAACAAAUUCGUCGUCUUUCAGAUUCUCGACGACAAAGCCAUGUGUCUUGGUCAUCAGAUGUUCUCAGGCCGAAGGUCCCUUGAGAAGGCCGUCUGCUCCUCCUACUCUCCCUGAGCCUUCACCUCCGCAAAAACCUGUUCCUCCUACGCCUUCUUCUCCUCCUCAGAAAUCAGUGGCUGUUGAUGGUAAGGGUGUAACCACGGUGGAGUUUCAGAGGCAGAAGGCAAAAGAGCUUCAGGAUUACUUUAAGCAGAAGAAGCUUGAAAUCAUAUAAAUACAUUUGUGUAUUCAACCUCUUUUUUUUUAUCUUCAGAUCAUAUAAAUAUGAACUAUGGAGCGAUUCUUAAAAAAAAAAAAAAGUAUAUUUCAAUAUCCU